ACGACCACGAUGGUAAUGAUGACAAUGAGAUCGACGACAAUAAUGAUGAUGAUGAUAAUGAUGAUGAUAACGAUAAUGAUGAUGAUGAUAAUGGUGAUGAUGAUGAUGAUGGCCAGGACAACGACGAUGACGAUGAUAGUGAUAGGACGAGGAAACGAGCAAAAAAGAAAAAAAAAGAAAUGAAGAAUAGAGAUACAAAUGAUGAGAAUUAUAAGGAUAUUAAUAAAGAUGACUGUAAGGAUAUUUGAUAAUAAAAAUGGAUGAAUAGUCAACGACGAUGAUCAUCAUGAUCUUAAUCUAAACAAAAUCAACAACAAUAAUA